UUAUAGUCUUUUAAUAAUAAUUUAAUUUUUGGACAUACCAUACCGCUACACAAAGCAAGCUAAGAUAUGGCACUAUUUAUUUAUUUUCUAUGUACUCUAAGGUAGGAAUAAGUGUAUGCUGUGCAGACUAGCUUUUAAUGAUACUAUUGACCAACUAAUCUGGUAGUAUUGUAAUUGUUUUUGUAUUACCAUUUGCCACUUCCAUGAAAACAUGAACAUUAACCUUACAAUUACCAGUAUACAACUAUCACUAUAGUAACAUUGUGCUUGAGAAAGAUAACCAAUAAGUCAAUGAUGAUAAUACUUUAUUAAGGUGCAUGUGCACGAAAAUCUAAAAUAGCAUUUUCACAUCAAUCUCAUGAUUUUGCAUGUACAUCUCCAGUAUCGAGCGUACUUUAUUUAUUAGUACUAAGCUACAGCUGUAUAGUCAAGUAAUUUAAGAUAUUAUUACUAAUGAGUGAGUAGUAAGUGGAAAUAUGCAUGACUAACCUUAUUAAUGUCAUCACAACAAGCACAAUUAUGGUUUACUAUGUACUUUAGACAAGUUAUGCACACAUUAAUAAUAACAUGUCUUGCAGAGAAGAAUUAUUUUUAUCUUAUUCAUAGGGCAUGCAGAUUAAUGUUUAAGCUAGUAUGUUGAGUUUGUUACAAAUAAAGAUCUUCAGCAAGUAAAAAAGAGCAACAUCUUGAAACUCAGCCUUUUGCUACAUAAAUUGUGUAGCUCUUAAUAGAUUUAUACAGCUAAUUAACUAUUCUAACUUUACUCUAGACAGGAUGUUAUUGCAUCUGUUACUAUAUAAAGCAGUAUAGAUCUAUAAAAAUAGUCUAUCCUUGGCAAAACUCAUCUGCAAGGUGCAGUUAUGAUAAGGCUAGCUCUGCUUGUCCUUUUGCUUGCAACUGUUAACUGUAGCCCAACUAAACGCAGCUGGAGUGGCCCAGGGCCAGACAAAAAUGAUGACCAUCUGUUGGAGCCAUUAGCAGUCAAGCCAGAAGACAAGGAAGAAAGCAAUCUAGACCUUGGUGAAGAACAUACUCAAGACAAAAAGGAUGACCUAGAUGAUGACAAGAAUGACAAAAAUACCAAUAACCAAGAUGACCAUGAAGAUAAUGAUGAAGAUGACAAAAACAUUAACAAAGAUAAUGGUGAUGAAAAGUAUAACUUUAAGACUGAGAUAACAGAAUUGACAGAGGAAGUUACCCAAGUACCAGCUAAUUUAAGUGGAGAGUAUAGUAGUGGUGAAGAUAUUUUAGAGGGAGAUAUCAAACUGACUCCAGAGCAGGCUGCACUAUUCAAGCGUAGUGGGUGGGAUGGGUUAGUCAAUUCUGAAGCCUGGCUUCGUGGUCACGGCAAAUGGUCAAGGACUAUUCCAUACACAAUUAAUGGAGUUGCUACAAGGGAAAUAAAUGCCUUAAACAAUUCAAUUCAAAUUUUCAAUGAACACACUUGUUUAAGAUUUAUUCCAAAACGAGACUAUAAUAAUGAUUACAUCGAAUUUAUCAGUAAUGGAGGUUGCUGGUCCUAUAUUGGUAAACUAAAUAAUGCUAGUCCUCAGCGAAUCUCAUUAUCUAGUGGUUGCCAUCUUGCAGUCCCUGCUCAUGAGAUAAUGCAUGCACUUGGGAGAUAUCAUGAACAAUCACGAGCUGACAGGGACACUUAUGUCAGAAUAAUAACUAGCAAUAUAAGAAGUGGACGUGAAAGAAAUUUUAACAGACAAAAUAAUUCCGACAGUCAAUCUCUACCAUAUGAUUAUCUUUCAUUGAUGCAUUAUAGUAGAUAUGCUUUCAGUAAAAAUGGUCGUCCUACAAUUAUACCAAUACCUGAUGCAAGCGUCACCAUUGGCCAGAGAAACAGGAUGUCAUUAUAUGAUAUACAGCAUGUCAAUAUUCGAUACUGCCCAGAAAGAGCACUUCGAUUAGUGGGAGGAAAUGGAUCAUAUGAAGGAAGGGUUGAAGUGUACUGGGAUGAACGGUGGGGAACUGUCUGUGAUGAUUAUUUUGGUCAAAAUGAUGGUCGUGUCAUUUGCAAGUAUUUGGGUUUCCCUGAUGUUGCUGCAACAUACCGUAGAGCUCGAUUUGGGCAGGGAACUGGUCCAAUAGUAAUGGAUGACCUACGUUGUGCUGGUAAUGAGUACAGUCCUUUUGCAUGUCCUAUGAGGACUAUUGGUACUCAUAACUGUGGUCAUCAUGAAGAUGCUAGUGUAAUGUGCGAGAAAAAUGUUCGUCUUGCUGGUGGUUGUGUUACUAGCAACUAUGCUGUUGGCCGCUUGGAAGUGUAUGCUGAAGAUCAUUGGGGAACCGUCUGUGACGAUUUAUUUGGCAUAAAUGAUGCGCAUGUUGUUUGUCGUCAACUAGGAUACAGGACAGCUAGUCAUGUCUACCCUCGUGCUCUCUAUGGACAAGGUACUCUUCCAAUAUUGAUGGAUGAUGUGCAGUGUACUGGUGGAGAGGCACAGAUCACUCAUUGUCCCAGUACUCCUAUUGGUGAACACAACUGUCGACACUAUGAAGAUGUUAGUGUUCGCUGUGUUAAUUGAAUUGAACACUGAUAAUGAACAUUAUCAAGAACAGACAUAUUAGAUUUUGUAGUUGUUGAACUGUUGUAGCAAUAGACUUUAGUUCAUUAUGUAGUUGAUUUUGAUAUUUUAGUCAUCAGUUGAUAUUUCAAUAAUGUCA